UACAUAGCGCAGCCCCCCAGAGGCCCCCAGGGCACCGUCGGAGGGAGAGAGGCAGCCUCGGGCACAGAGGGUUUGGGGACCCCCAGACAUUUCCCCUUUGGGGCCUUCUGGAACUGGGUGUGCCCAAGGGGCCCAGAGGCUCCAGGCCAGGAAGCAGUGCCAAGGCCAGAUGGCCCCUGGGCAGCGGCACCCAGACAGCAAAGGAGGGAGAGAAACUAGGGACCCACGGGGUGAUCACCCCAUGGACAUGCGGCAGGCCCGAGCCAAGAGGACAGAAGGAGAAGCAGGAAGAGCUGAGAGAAGGUGGGAGGGGGGCAGUGGGAGAGCACGUGACUCCGGGUUCCACCCCGACACAUGCGGACACACACACACCCAGACACAAAGAAAUACACACACAGACAUGCAGAGACGCACACAAUUAGACACAGAGCCAUACACACACACACACACUCAGACACAGAUACACCCAAACACACACACACUGAUACACACCACACACGCACAGCUGUAGGUGACGUUCUGAAAGGGCCGGGGGAAGCGGGUGGCGGCGGGGGACUGCGGAGGCAGGACGGGGUGUGCGUCCCUCCCCGCCCCGUCUGCCUGUGGGAGCGGAGUCUCAGGGAGACCCCACGAACCCCCACGCCCUCAUCCCCCGUCACCCCACAAGCCCAGGGCGAGGGUCUCCCGACAGUGCUCCUAAGUGGGAAACGAAGGAAGCUCAUGUCCACGGGGAAUCGGAGGCCGAGCUGGGGGUCCCGGGGCAGGCGCCCUCGUCCUGGACAUCACUGGGGCUCCCUGGGGCCUUUCCUUUUCCUUCUCUUUGUUCUCAUAGCUCGGGCUUACUCCAGGCUGCACUCAGGAUCCCUCCUGGCGCUCGGGGGCCCGGGGGUGUGGAGGCGCGGGGGGCCAGCGCCCUCCCUGCUGCCCGAAGCCCCCUCCCAGCGGCACUUUCCAAACCACAGCCUCAUUCGUCCCCGGCCCGCGGCGCGGAGACUCGGCACGGAGUCCUCCAGGCCCGCCAACCCCUCCCAGGCUCCCGGGCCCACCCUCUGCCUGCCAGCGUGCGCCCCCACUCGGGCGCCCGUGACCCCGGGAGAGAAGAGUGUGGGUCCGGGCUCUCCCCGAGGGAAGCUGAGCUCUGGGGCCCAGCCCCAGCACCCACGCCACCUGCUGAGCACUGUGACACAAGGACAAGACCUGUUCUGCCCAGGGAACAGGGCUGAAGUCAGCCACCAGGACCUUCCACUCAGGAGGGACGUGAACACAAACAAAGCAGGAGUCAGCAAGGGCGCCGGGGUGAGCCUGUCUCCCGCUCAGGCCCCUCGGAGCCCACCUGGACGGCUGUGCUCCCCCCGCCCCGCCCACCCUCGGAGCGGGCAGCACUUUCCCAGCCCGGGGCCAGCAGCCCCUCGGCCGAGGUCAGCGACGGUGGGGACUCAGGGACUCAGCUGACCACGGCGGGCUCAGAGCGGCCAGCGACGGUGGGGGACUCAGGGACUCAGCUGACCACGGCGGGCUCAGAGCGGCCAGCGACGGUGGGGGCUCAGGGACUCAGCUGACCACGGCGGGCUCAGAGCGGCCAGCGACGGUGGGGGCUCAGGGACUCAGCUGGUGGUGGGGCAGGUGUCCCGGGAGGAGGGUGUGAAAGGGUCUUUGUGUGUUGGUCCCAAUCUUUGCAACGGGACAGAAGCGGGCAGGAAGUGAGCUGUGUCCGGGAGAGUCCAGGUUUGAACCAUGCAGUGAU